AUGCCCAUUUCAAUUUGGAAUGACCACCCGUAUGACCAGAAUGCCAUCUUCACGGGUUCGGCAUCGACCGUCAAUGGAGAGACGGUGUUGGUAUAUCCAGGACUGUGCGACGCGCGGAAAGCAGGUUGCCCGGGAGGCACCAAUCUUUGCAUCGCUGUUCCCGCCGAUCCUGCAGACCCUUUACAGACGAAUUGGACAAAGGAUGAGUAUGCUCAAAAUCCGAUAGUAAAUGGGACGCAGCGCGACCCGUCCACGGCCUGGCAGAACCCGUGUGGAGAGUGGCAGUUGACCACUUUCGACACCAUUAUCUAUGGAAGCAUGGACUUCAAGUCAUGGUACAAGAUCGGAGCCGAAACGCCAUCGCACGUUCAUUUGUCAACGCAUGAUAUCGGCGGAGAUUUGAUGGUUGUCGGGACUUACGUGCCAGGCGAGCGGGGCAAGGUUGGUAUUUUCAAGCAGACGCCAGGUGUACCUUUCACUGGAACCAAGAUCGACAUAGGCGUCACCAAAGCGACCAAGGACUUCUACGAUCCUGUCAAGAAGCGCCGUAUCCAUUGGAGUUCGGUUCACGUCGGGGACCAUUCCAGUCCAGCGAGAGACUUUUCAGGCUUCGUUCAGUCCAUGCCCCGUGAGGUCACCUGGAACCCUGAGCUGCAGCAGACUGUCCAUUCCCCGAUCGAGGAGCAGGCCUUGCUGCGUGGGAGGGUGAUCGGGUCGCUUGCGUCACGCAUCCUCCAGGCUGGCCACAUACUCUCCUUGGAUCUGCCUGCGAAGCUGGGGAGCCAGAGCGAGAUUCGAGUCUCCUUCGCUCGGCCAUCUGUGCCGACAACGCUGUCAGUAAAGGUGAUGGCCAACAUUACUUCUUCCAGUUCGCUGCACGCUGGAAAGAUGCCGACGCCUCCCGAGAAGGCGACGUUGUCGGGUGGGACAGAUUUCUCCAUCGACUACUCGCCGAACGAGGACGGACAGAUCAGCACCGUGGCGGUUCGCGGCGGCUCGUUCACACACAGACUGAAGCUUUCGCCAAAUGACAAGACCAUUGAGAUGGCUCUGUACGUGGACAACACGUUCACCGAAGCAUAUUUCAUGGAUG